AGAGGUACUUGCAAGAAACCAGCGAAGUACGCCUCAUUAUCAAAGGAGAGAAAGAUAGAAUAUUAUCAAAAAUCUCAGCAGCAGAGAAAUUGACUAAUUUUGUUAUAACUACUUCUCGGUUUCAAAAAUUAGCAGGAGACAUUGUUAAAAUAUUUAAAGGAGAGUCUUGUUACACAUAUUAUACGCCGUUUACAUGUAAGAAUGGUGUUCGUAUACAGGCAAGUGGUAAGCUCUGGGAUCAUUAUAAUUAUAUAAAAGGAGAUUUAAGAAAACAAGGAAUACUCCUUCAGAGAUCAAUUUCCAAACCCAUACAAGAGACAUAUGCACAGACUGAAAUAGAUGAAGUCAAACUGCAAUGGUUAUUCCAGCAUACAGAACCGUGGGAGCAAGUAUAUGAAUAUUGGAAUAAUACAUAUAGGGCUAGGAACAAGUUAUUAAUGCAAGACAAACUAAAUGUACUUGAAUAUUUUAAUAAGUUUCCUUGUCUUCGAUUAAACAAAGGACAACAUCUGCUCGUAGAAGACUUCAACAGACAGUAUCCCGAAAAAGAAUCGAUAUUUCCUAAAAGGUGGAAUAUUAUUAAAAAAGUUAUUAUUGACCAACUACAGCAAUUGAAUAAACGUCUCAGUGUUUCAGAUACAGCUCUUAUAUCUAUUUUACCAGCAAUAUCUUCUGAUAAACAAGAUGCGGUAAUUUUUUAUUUACUUCCGAUUCUUAUCGAAUCUCGUAGAGCAGGAAGUUAUAAGAGGAAGAGAAAUACGGACUGUGAGCAGGACAGUGAAAACAACGUCAGAAAGUUAACGUUACAAGAAUGUAGAGAGGCGUUUAUGUUGCACGUACAGACUGUUGCUGAUUUGGAUCGUGCUUUAGAUGAUUUGAAGAGAAGACUGCAAAGAAACAAAGAUACUUUUCAACCGACACCUCUUAUAGUUGGACCUUUAGUAAACAUCGAAUCAUCAUACGUGAUUGUAAACGACCAAAAGUUUAAAGUGGAUUCAUGUUUGCAAGCUUUUGAAUUAACUUUCAAGAUAUUCUUUGCUGUUGAUUGCAAGUAUCCGACAUAUGCAGAAACGUUUUGGAUAUUUUUACAAAAAACUGGUUUCGAUAUUCACUUACAAGAUAAAUGUAACAACUCGUUAAACAUUUUGUUAGGUCGCGUUAACGCAGAAAUGGAGCGUUUACUUGCAACAUAAUUUUUCCGAACAU